AUGUCUUCUCCGACGUUCGGCUGUACAGAUGUACCCGUAGUUAUUAGAUGGGGCGACACUCAACCAUACAACUAUAUUGGCAUGCCAAUGCAACAUCUCCGAAUGAAUAUAGACCUCGGCACGCAGUCAAGUCCGAAGUUGCUGUUUUGGUUCAGCGUAACAGUUGGGGUUACAGCGAGCCCCGAAUCCGCUACGAUACGUACAAAGUUGCUCCACUUCGUUAUCCAAGCUAGUUCGCUUGAUUUCGACCAAGAUGAUACAUGCCUCGCCUUGGAGAAUCCAUACGCUGGUUAUUCUCGUAGCACUAGCGCUGUCAUACGAGAGGCUGGCAUAUGUUCUGAUCAUGCCUCUGUUUCCCGCAUAUGCUUUGAGCUCCACGAUCAUGGCAGAGUGUUCAUGCCCCCUGUUGGGGAGCAUCCGUUUACCCCUGUAUCGGACAAUGUCUCUCAACUACUGGUCAAUAUGCAGUCCCUUUCCCAGGCUAAGCAAUUUUGGGUAUAUACAUCACUCGAAAAAUCGCUUCUUGCGAAUAUUUGGAAAAGGAUCGAUCAAAUUCGUAGGGGAACCUUUACAAGUGACUUUACGACUCAGAGCGUAUAUAAACAUGGUAUGGUAUGCGAUGAGUGGGCGAGUUUCAAUCUGUCUGUGAGAAAGGGGAAACGGGUGAACCCGGCAAAAGGUCAGGGUGCUGGAAUGGAACGUAAAGAUAAGGAUAGUGAUCGCCUCUGUGAAUCUGGUGGAGUCUCUAGCAACAAUCUACCUUCCUCUGAUCGCGAUCAAAGCCUUGUGGAUACCGAAAGCGGAGAGAAACCGCACACAGAGCUGAAGCGCAAAUACAGCAAGAUAUCUUCCGACACUACGCCAUCAGGUAUCCUUAAGGAUAUUACUAGUCCCACUGUUGUUCAUUCUAAUAAAUCCUGCGCGGAUCAUCAAAUUUUCAAAGUUCGGUUCGCCGAACCUCAUAGCGAAGUCAGGGGUCGUCUUGAAGAGCAAUUGGCUGCCUUCAUACGCUGGGUGUUGGAGAUCGACUCACACUUAGAGGAGGAUUGUGCGCAGGUCUUCACAGAUCUUGGCAGGGCGGUGUCUCGUGGAGAUCAAAACAAAUUUAUCGAAAUCAAGUCGGAUUGUAUGGCGAAUAUUUACUGUACAUAUGUCAAAAGAGGAUCUGAAUGGGUUUUGAUGAAUACUAUCUGA